CACACGCACACACACACUGUAACAAUGCCGUAAAGAUGCCUUUCCAGUAUUUUGAUCCGUGUUUUAUUUUUUUUUAAGUCUUUAAAAAAAACUACUUAAUGAAGGAUUCUUACAUUUUCAUUGCUUCAAAAGAAAUCCAGAAUUUUGCUUAACACUCUAGCGGUAACCUAAGAAUGGUAAGGAGUCGAGUGGAGAACACAGGAUAUGAAAGGAUACCAGUAACUUGUGAGGGGAAAGAGAAAGAGUAUGGUGCAUACAACUAUUCACCACUUCCCGGGGCUCUGGCAUUGAAUAUGAAUGGAACAAAUUCACCAACAUCAGCACUUACAGCACUAAAUGUGGAAGUACGUACCUCGACAGUAAAUACUGAGCAAGUACUGUCUUCUCCAAAAGGGACAAAGGCUCAUAAAACAAAAACUGAUCGGACAUACCUGGGUGUCAGAGUGAGAAUGCCAGUAAAAGACAUGCUCAGAAAUAUUCGCCUAGCCAAAGGCAUGGACCCCAAAGAAAUGCAGAAGAAAGAAAACAAAGGAUUAAAAGGGGAUAAAAAACGAGUGAAUAUAAGUAGUUGUCGAAGAAAUAGCCUGAAAAACUGGCAAACAAAGAGUUUGGAAGAGCUUGCCUUUAUACUGGAGGUGUUGGAAGAAGACCUUAAGACUAGUUCCUCCAGACAGUCGAGUAACCAACCACCCACCUUUGCCCCAGAGCUUGGAAACAAGUUCUGGGUGAAAAACCUUCUUCAGCAAGCUCAUCUAGAUGAGCCACCUCCAAAUCCAGUUUGCUAUGCAGCCACUAAAAAGUCCCCUAUGCAUUCUGCGGGAAUCUAUGGCUCUACAUAUGGCCAGGCUACUUCUCUCUUCACAGAUUUAGAGUCAGAUUACUAUAUACACAGAAGGCAGCAUGAAAUGACCUGUUCUCCAAGUGACAGCAAAGUGCAUGUCCCAUCCCCACAAGAGAUCUAUUUCAGCACCAAGAUGGACUGGUGGGGUUCACCACACAAAAUAGUAAAUCCAUCAAAUUCAAGCUCUGUGCAGGAGGAGUGGGACAGCAUGACAUACUUCUGGACCCAAAUGGAAAGAGAGGUGCAUCUACUGAAUCGUAUCUCCAACCAAGAGCUUCUUACUCAGGAUGAGAGGGGAAGAACACGCCUUCACCAAGCUGUUGAUGAGGGGAAACGAUCUCUUGUGUAUGUUAUUGGUAGACGGAUGGCAAAUCUAAACAAACUAGACAGCAAAGAUGCAGAUGGAAGGACUUCUCUCCACUUAGCUGCACAGAAGAAUCAGCACCUUGUGGUUGCUGAUUUAAUUUCCCUCGGUGCAAACAUCAAUGAAAAGGAUAAAUAUGGAAAAACAUGCCUCCAUCUCAGUGCGGAAUAUGGAUACAUCAGGGUUUUAGAGGUUCUGAAAAGCUACAUGAAAAGUGGGAAAUAUAUAGACUUGGAAGCCAGAGAUGUGAAUGGACUCAGUGCACUACAGCUUGCAUCAGUAGCUCUGAAGAGCGUAGUGGGUAAUUUGGAGAAGAGUGUGACAGUUGGUCAUGCCAGACUGCAUUCCCUACAUAAAGAGCAGAUGAUGGAAACCCUCAAGUGCCUCCUGCAGAUGGAAUGCAACCUGCAGUGCCUGCUAGGGCAAGAUUGGGCAACUGUAGGCCAGGUGAGUCAUACAUUUGAGAAAAUACUAAUUAUCUAUGAUCUAUUCAUAAUAUCUCUUAACCUAGUCCAUGUGAAUUUCUGAUUUGGUUAAAAAACACACUUCACUUUCACAAACCAAGAGCUUCUCAUCACCGAUUUUCAGUGAAGCAAUACAAAAUGUAAAGAAAACAUAAUAUUUGCCUUUUUUUUUUUUUUUUUGUAACCAACCAUCAUUGGUAAAAGGAAGCAGAAAAUUAAUGAGCAAUGUGGUUGUGGUAGAACUAACACAUUGGACAUAAACUGUACAGUAAAUAAAUUUAUUGUAAAGGCAGUAAAGAUUUAUUUAACAUUUAACUCUUUGUCUGUUCAUUGACUAAUUUGAUAUGAAGCCAUAUUAUCAUGUUACUUAGUAAGUAAUACUCAACAGACCUUAUGAAAUCUAUAAAACAUUUGCACACUUAAAACUGAGUUCACUGAUUUAAUAACAACAAAUGUACUAUUAUUAGAAGGUAGAGAAGAACAUGUUGUUUACAAGCUUCUAAACACACACCACGCCUUGUGUUAUUUUGUCCUAUACAGAAAUGAAGAUAUUGAGCUUUGCUGCUUGUGAUUAUCCUGUUCUCCUGGUCAAUUAGAACUGGUUUGUCCAGUUACGCAACUACUUUGAGCAGGAAUGACAGGUGUCUGUCAAACAAAGCAGUGCUGUUAACUGACAGUAAUGUUUUUGGGUUAAUACAAGUUUUAACCUGCCACAGAAAAAAGGUAUAUUUUUUAUCAUGUUAUGGUUAAAGCUAUGUAUUAUGCAACCAGAUGGAGUUAUUGUAACAAGGGUUCCUUUCAGUCCCUUUAGUUUGUUAAUAACUUAAAUGGUUGUGAGUCAGCUGGUUUCUGUGAAACUUCCAUUGUUUGUUAUGUUAAAAUAGCAAAACAGUUUUAAAAAGUGAUAUGUAGUGACCUAUAAGUCUGUUUGUUUCCAUAUUUUAUUAGGUGAGGUUUUUUUUUUGUGUGAGCAAAAACCAAAAAUACAUUAAUGCAUUUUUGAUAUAUUUUAAUAUAAGGUUAUUUGAAUAUUCUAUCAUAAUGUGUAAGGUUUACAUAUUUUCACAUCGCUGAGUGCUUGCAUACACUUUUAGAGUAUCGAACAUCAACUGAAUCUGUAAAGCCUUGCUUCAAGUCUAAAUAGUAUAUAAUAAAUAAUACAUAAUCAAGCAAAUAAACUUAGUCCUAUACUGAAUUGUGUAACUGUGGGGGAAAAAAAAAAGACUUCUUGAAGGCAUUUAGGGAUUGGUAGGAAUAUCUUGGGAACUGAUGGCUUUGUAGUCUAGGAUAUAGCAAAUUAUGGCUUCUUGAACACUACUUAGUACAUAUUUGUACAUAUUUAGAACAGCAUUGAUACAUACAUACAUACAUACAUAAAAGGAGCGAUUCCUUUUAAAAAUGGUCUUUAUUUAGUUGGGAGGAUUUGUGAAUUAUUACUUUGAAUGUUAACCAAGUUAGCUGUUUUUGAUAAAGUAUUACAAACAUGUCAUAUGGUCAAAAUAAGUGCCAUAUCUACCAUAGUGACAAAGAGAUUCGAGAGUUUAUUGUCAUAUGUGCAGGAAACAGUCUGUUACACAGUACAAUGAAAUUCUUACUCUGUGAAUCCUCCCAGCAACCUCUGAAAUAUUUUAAACAAGACAUAAUGAAAACACAAAAACAUAAAUCACAAA